CUUUAUAAGCGACAUCCCCGGAGAACAAAACGCAGAAUCGUAUCGACAAACAACGCAGUUUGCAACGCACAGCACGCACCAGUCGUCGCGAAUCUUUUUUCGAAGUCACUCGAUCGAGAUUAGGACAGACAGAGUCCAAGAUGCGCCCCCACGCAAUCGCUUUGCUCGUGUUUGGAAUAAUGGCCGCCGUGGCUUUGGCAUCACCGUUACCUGGGGGCCAUCAUCAUGAACAUUUCGUGAUCCAUGUACCUUAUAAGGUGCAUACGGUUCAUCAUCAUCAUGUAAAGAAAAUACACGUACCGGUACAUCACGUCGAAAAAGUAUCCGUUCCCGUUCCGUAUCCGGUGCAUCAUGUCGAGAAGGUACCUGUUCCAGUACCUGUGCAUCACGUCGAGAAGGUACCCGUACCUUACCCGGUUGUAGAAAAGGUUCCCAUACCUGUUCAUGUACCCGUACAUGUACCCAUACAUGAGGAGAAGCCACAUGGGGGUUGGCUUUAAAAACAACGCUUAAUCUUCGGCUUUAAUCGUCUUAGGUUAUAUAUAUAUAUAUAAGGAGUCUGAGUAAAUAAAAGUUACAUAAAAUUUAUUCUUGAUACGGAUCUACUGAUAAAAAAUUUUUUCAUCGAAAUAUAAAUGAGAACGAAGCAGUACAAAAUUACUCAAGCCGCCUGUAUAGCAUUUAAGGAGUUAGGAUAAGAACCAAAUACUCUGUAUACACGUGUGUAUACACACAAAGAUACUUGUACAUAUUUUUACAUUGUCAUUAUUUUGUAUAAUAAAAGUGUGAUAAAAAAGGA